CUGCCUCCUUUUCUGCCGCCACAGUCGCCGCACCUGAUCGGCUGGGGCUGUUGGAGCCGAAGCCGCCUCCUUUCCUCUGCCUCCAGUAGGGCGCCCGGCUCCCCGAAUCGCUUGGCCAUGGCUUCAACCGCCAGUGGCGUGGAGGAGGUGCGCGUCUCGGUGUUGACCCCGCUCAAGCUCGUAGGGCUGGUCUGCAUUUUCCUGGCAUUGUGUCUGGAUCUGGGAGCCGUACUGAGCCCGGCCUGGGUGACGGCCGAUCACCAGUCUUAUCUGUCCCUCUGGGAGUCCUGCAACAAACUCGGUAACCUGGAGACCUGGCGCUGCAAAACUACCUUGAACAGCGAUUGGCAGAUUGCUACUCUUUCUAUGCUGUUGGGUGGUGCCGCCAUAAUUCUUAUAGCUUUUUUGGUUGGACUAAUUUCUAUUUGUGUGGGAUCACGGAGGAGGUUCUACAGGCCCGUUGCUGUCAUGCUGUUUGCAGCAGUGGUUCUUCAGGUAUGCAGUCUUGUCCUUUACCCAAUCAAGUUCAUUGAAACUGUCAACUUAAGAAUAUACCAUGAAUUCAACUGGGGCUAUGGUCUGGCUUGGGGUGCAACUAUAUUUUCAUUUGGGGGUGCUGUACUUUAUUGUCUGAACCCUAAGAACUAUGAAGACUACUAUUAAAGGACACUUCUUUUGUAAAGAAAGGAAUAAAACAAGGAUUGUCCUGUCUUUUAUAAGUGUUUUUAGUACUUUUGUAGAGUGUCAAACUGUCUAAUCCAUUAGCCAAUUCUUUUUGGCUAUAACUACUGCAAAUAGCUUUUUAACAUCUCUUUAAAAAAAAAUCUGAUAAAUUACACCUGCUACAUCUGUAGUGAAAUGAAAGAAGUGGCAGCUACAGUAAGGACGGUAAUGGAUAUGAGAAAAAGCAGUUGUAUUUGUUAUAGUCUCUUAGCACAAAAAUUGUGCAAUUCUGUCGUUAUAUUAUACAGGAUGAUAUAUGAUGAAAUAUGCUGAAGUUUACCAACUUAGGCUCCUGUCUUGUAUUGGUCCUGGGACUCUUACACAAAACAAAUGACUGAAUGACUAGAUGCUGAGAGAAGAGAAAACAACUGAUUAGUACAUGUUCUAGUACCAGUUCUCAAACAAGAUGUACAUUUUUCAGCCAGCGGUGGUAUGUCAGCAAGUCAAAACUUAAAACAUAUUCUUCAUUUUAUGUAUUUGGACAUUCAGUUUCAGCUAUAACCCAAGUUCUAGAAAUAAUGUGGAGAAUGACAAAAAUAUAUUGAGAAUUUUUAAAGGUGGGGGGAGUGGGGAAAAUAUGAAUGAGCUUCUUUUAUCUUGAUGCCAUUUCAUUUCUAAGCACCACAGUAAAGUUUUCAUGAGCAAUGUUUGAAAAUGCUUCAUAGAAAGGCUGUAAUUAUAGAACUAUGGAGAUACAGUAGAACCUAAUGAUAGAGUACAAGUAAGAACUCUUAAAUGACUGUCAGUUUAUAAGAGUUUUCUGCAACUAUUGGUUAGGUUUAAAAUAAUUAAUUAAAAUUAAUAUUGCUUAUCGACAAUUUGAAGUGACGGCAAAAUAAGUGCUUAAAAUGGGAUGAGCUGUCUUCAUCAUCAAAGUCAUCACAAUAAAUCAUGGAUUAUUAUGUGGCAAAUGAGAAACAAUGAAUUUCAGGUAUGCAUGGUACCAAGUUCCCAUGUUUUCCUCUGGCAUGAUUAUAUAAGAGGAUAUAAAUGGGGAUUUUUUUCCCCUUAAGAUUAAUUGCAGCUUCCUAUUUUUUCCAAACUUGAUAAAUUGGUAAAUUUUAGCAAUUAGCCAAUUUAAAAUUAUGGAUUCUGAAACUAGCUUUUGCAAACAAAACUUAGUAAAUGUUAACUACAUUUUUCAACAAUAAACAUUUAAUUUAAAUAAGUGUGACAUUACUUUGGCUUUAAGUAAAAUGUUCUAUGCUCUGGGCAACACUGUAAGAAGAUUGGGAUGUCUGUAAGAAUUUAAGCAUCUCACGUAGCUUAGUUCUUAAGAUGAUAAAUAAUAGUUUGCCGCAAUGUUUAAUGCUGCCAGAGUAUUUGUUUGCUAUAAAUAAAAUUAUUUUGCAGAUAAAAACAAACAUUUUAGAUGGAAACAUCCUUCCAAAUUAAGGCAAUACAUUUCUGAGAGCAGUUGUUAAUCUAACAAGAUAUUGUCAGUCUUUAAUGAUAUAUUUUGUAACACAUUUGACAUAGUUGUAAAGCCAUGCUGAUAAAUAUAUUUCAUUAAGGAGUGGGAAAUAAUAUUACUAUUAAACUCACUUGAAGUAAAACUAGAAAAAAGAAUUAUAACACAAUUUAGACAUUGUAUUUGAAAAAAGUGCUAA